AUGCAGAAGGGAAUGCAGCGAUACCAGAGUGGGCAGUCGGGCGCCUACACCGCGGCGUACCAUGACCUUCUUGGCAAGUCUUCGUGGAUCGUUGUGCGACACCUUGAUCACGCCCCUGCCUCUGGUGCUACGUCUGAUGGUGUCGCGGCCGUUAGUCUAUCAGAGGGAGACGUCGCCACGGUCUUUUCUCAGUUCGGCAAUGUAGUGGACGUGCGUUUCGUGCGGCACCGUCGUACGGGACGCUUUCUCGGCACUGCAUUUGUGAAGUUUGAUGACUACCACAGCGCUAUGGCUGCGGCGGAUGUGAUGAACUCAAAUCAUGAGAAAGGACAGGAGGUACGACUGACAGCGACAGCAACACGGGGCAUUGAGGUGGAGCGGUGUGACGAGGCCGAGGUUGUGGUGCUGCCUGAUAGCACAGAAUCAUACCCGGCAUGGAUUGAUAAAAUAAAGCGCGGCAUGAUAUGA